UAAAUUUAAAAUAAAUAAUACUCAUAUGUAUUUAUGGCAGAAAAAAUAUAUUUAUGAAUGAGAAGAAAAGUGUGUCUUUAUUAAAGAAAAAUUGUGUAAAAAUGUAUAUGUAAAAAUUAAAUACAAUAACAGUUAUAUUAGAAUUCAAAAAUGUAGCUAGCUAAUGUGAAGUUGAUUUUUCAAAAAAACCAAAAAAUGUUAAUCACUUGCGUUAAAAAACAAUGUAAAGAAUUUAUUUGAUCGCCAAUAUAAAAAGUACUAAAAUAAUUUCCGAAACGAAGCUUUAACAAAAAACGUUAACUACGGUUGCACCGCAUCUAUAAUACCCUUCACAGAUAAGAGAGUUUACAUACAACAACUUAAUUUUGCUCUGUCAAUUUGUAUGGCAGCAUUAUGCUAUAAUGGUCCGCUCUAAACAAUUUAUUUGGAGAUUGUACGUUUGCCUUGGACAAUAAUUUCGAGAAGCUAUCUCGUCAACUAAAAAAUGUUCCAUACAAGGACUGGAUUUUUAUCGAUCAGUUUGUACGACAGCUAUACACUAAAGUGAUCCGAUUUGAAAAUAUUUUCCGGAGAUUUUACCGUUGCCUUGGACAAUAAUUCAUGCCAAGCUUCCUUGAAGAUAACUCGCCAAAUAAAAAAACUUUCCAUAUAAGGGCAUAGUGUUAAUAAUUCUAAGAGAUAUAAAGGACGUGUGGAAAAUUUCAGAUAUCUCAAAAUCUGUGGGACUAGUUCGCGUAUAUACAGACAGACGGAGACACUGAUCGUGCCGAUCGAUUACACAAAAAUGUAAAAGGUCUCCGACGUUUCCUUCUGGAUGUUGUACACUUCGUGGCAAACUUAAUAUACACUGCUCAAGCAUUCAGGCCCAAAACAUAAAAUAUAUAAAAUUUAACAAAUAAGAACGAACUAAGUUUGAGUGAAACCGAAUAUUAACUAUUCAUGCAAAUUAUGAGAAUUUAAAAGUGUGAAAUAUUACGAAAUCUAUUAACAUUUCUAACUUGUUUUGUGUUUGAGAAAUUAUGCCAGAGUUCUAUGUGACCCUGAAUGGCAUAUUUCUACCUUAGUUGCUUGUAAAUAUAUAUUGUGUGAAUAUAAUAUUAUUAUAUGAGCCAAAGUACCACAUAAUGUAAACAAGGAGAUUGAGUAUCCUCCUGAGACACAAGUAAUAUUCUACAAGAGAUCAUAUUUGCAUGCCGUAUUCAGUAAAAUGCUUGUCAUGUUGCGUGUUAUGUUUGCCAUUGGCAAUUUAAUCUGCUGUAUCGUCAACACGCUCGUUAAUUUGCUAAUGCCGCGCAAGCUGCCGACUUAUCCACCAAUUCAAGAUGCAGUGCUGCUAAAAUCUGUAGGCGAUUUAAUUGUAGAGCUGCGACAAAAAAAGAUCACCUCCCAACAGCUGGUGCAAGCGUACAUCACACGAAUACAGGCGGUCAAUGGAAGUUUAAAUGCCGUCCUUGACAAUCGCUUCGAACAAGCGCUGAAGGAUGCAAAACAUGCGGAUAGUUUAAUCGCCAAAGCCAAUGACGAGCAGUUAAUCGCACUCUUCAGACGCUACCCCUUGUUGGGUAUACCGUUCACAGUGAAAGAGUCGGCCGGAUUGAAAGGUCUUUCGUUUGUUGUCGGCAAUAUUUAUCGCGCGAAUAAGAAAUGUGAACGUGAUAAUGAAAUCGUUGAGCGCCUUAGAUCAGCGGGUUGUAUACCACUUUUAGUUUCAGCAAAUCCCGAGUUUUGCAUGAGCUACGAAACGAACUCCAAAAUGUAUGGAAAGUGUCGUAAUCCAUAUGAUCUCAACCGAGUGUCUGGCGGUUCAUCUGGAGGAGAGGGCGCUUUAAAUGGCGCAGGCGCUUCAGUCUUCGGUUUUGGUUCGGAUAUUGGCGGCUCAAUUCGUUUGCCCUCGAUGUUUUGUGGUGUAUUUGGACAUAAACCGACCGGCGGUUUGGUUUCAAUUAAGGGUAGCUUUCCUUACAGCGACGAUCCGAUUUUCGCACAGUACCUGGUCUCAGGGCCGAUAACACGUUUUGCUAAAGAUUUACCCAUACUAAUGCAAGUAAUGGCUGGUGAAGAUGUAAAGAAAUUGAAAUUUGGCGAACCAAUUCAAUUGAAGAACAUAAAGAUCUACUAUGCUUACGGUUUUAACGGUUUUGCGGCAUUCAUGCACCAGCCAACUGAUUUCGACAUUCGUCUGGCCAUAACCAGAGCAGUAAAAUGCUUCCAAAAGGGUGGACUUACCACAGAGGAGAUUAAAUUGGAUAAAUUCGUGCAUGCUAGAGAAAUCGGUUUAAGCGCUCUCGCGGAAAUAAAAGGUUUACCCAGCAUAACAAACGAAGCCAAACCAAAAGUCAGUAAACUAAUUUGGCAGCUGAUUUUAUCACUCUUUGGACUAUCGAUACACAAUCGUGACGCUGUAAUAAUGGAAUGGAUAAGAAUGAAAAAAAUUUACCUAUCCGAAGAGAAAGCAAAAGAAUUUCGCGACGAAAGAGAAGCGUUGAAGGAAGAAUUAGUGAAAAUGCUUGGUGACAAUGGCGUUCUCUUAUUGCCCACAUUUCCCACUUCCGCAUUUGCCUUCCAUACCAGCACGUUAAAUUUGGUGGGCGUGGAUCUGAUGCUCAUCUUCAACAUACUGGGUUUCCCCGCCACACAUGUUCCAAUGGGUUUGGAUCAUCGAGGUUUGCCGAUUGGCUUUCAAGUUGUUGCUGCGCCAUACCAAGACAAACUAUGUCUACAAAUUGCCGCAGAACUGGAGGGUGCUUUCGGCGGUUGGGUGCCACCACUGCAGCAUGAUUUAAAAUCAUGAUUCUUAUUAGCUUUUUAAAGCUUUCAAUGUGGUUCUAGCAGAGAAGGGUUUAAGCUUUAUCACUCUUUCUCUUUUUCGCCUUUUAGUUGUAACUGUGUUUAAUGUACCAUCCAAAAGUUCUUCUCUUUACAUUAAUACAUACAUUAACCAUGCUAGAAGUUGAAA